AUGACGACUCGACGGGACUUCCUUAAUAUGCCUGCGCCCGAGAACUACGUGGCUGGUCUCGGGCGUGGUGCUACUGGCUUCACCACCCGAUCAGAUUUGGGCCCGGCGCGCGAGGGCCCUUCAGAAGACCAAAUCAAAGAGGCUCUAGCUAAAAGAGCCGCUGCCUUGGGUUUCGGCGACGCUGCAGGCGCGAAGAAAGACGACGACGACGAUAACGACGAAUCGGAGAGAUAUCAGGACCCAGAUAAUGAGGUCGGUCUGUUUGCUGGUGGUGUCUACGACAAGGACGACGAUGAAGCCGACCGUAUCUAUCGUGAAGUAGACGAAAAGAUGGACAGAAGGCGAAAAAUAAGAAGGGAGGCUCGCGAAAAAGCGGAACGAGAAGAAUACGAACGCAACAAUCCCAAAAUCCAACAACAGUUUGUCGAUCUUAAGCGCGCCCUUGGAUCUGUCACAGACGAUGAAUGGGCAAAUUUACCCGAAGUUGGAGAUCUUACAGGCAAGAACCGGCGAGCUAGAGAUGCUCGGAGGCAGAGAUUCUACGCUGUGCCAGAUAGUGUCCUAGCAGCUGCUAGUACUGCUGGAGAACUCGGGUCAACGGUGGCAGAUGGUGCCGAUACCUCGACAAACGAUGGCCAGGACGGCACCAUGACCAACUUUGCCAAGAUUGGAGAGGCCCGAGACAAGGUCCUCCAGGUACGCCUCGAUCAGGCAUCAGAGUCUGGAGCCUCUGGAAGCUCUACAAGCAUCGAUCCCAAGGGCUAUCUUACAAGUCUGGCCAAGUCAUCGUUACCUGAAGGUGCACCCCAAGUUAGCGACGUCAAUCGUGUGCGAGAACUGUUGGACUCUGUCAUUAAAACGAAUCCUACCAACGGUCCAGGCUGGAUAGCUGCAGCCAGAUUGGAAGAAUUGGCCGGAAAGAUUGUGGCCGCAAGAAACCUCAUCGCCCGCGGCUGCAAACAGUGUCCGAAGAACGAGGAUGUCUGGCUUGAGAGUAUCCGUCUAAACGAUAAGCACAACGCCAAAAUUAUUGCAGCCCAGGCUAUUCAGCAGAAUAACCGUUCCGUUCGGUUAUGGGUAGAGGCCAUGAAGCUGGAGACUGAUAGCAGAAGUAAGAAACGAGUCAUUCGACAUGCGCUCGACCAUAUCCCCGAGUCCGAGGCUCUGUGGAAGGAGGCUGUGAAUUUGGAGGAGGACGAAGAAGACGCUCGACUCCUUCUUGCCAAGGCUACCGAGCUGAUUCCCUUAUCCGUCGACUUGUGGCUAGCUCUAGCGAGACUUGAGACCCCAGAAAACGCCCAGAAAGUGUUGAACAGGGCUCGAAAGAGCUGCCCCACCUCUCACGAAAUUUGGAUUGCAGCUGCAAGGCUACAGGAACAACUUGGAAAUGCGCACAAGCUUAACGUCAUGAAGCGUGCUGUUCAGGUGUUGGCCAAGGAAUCAGCCAUGCCAAAGCGGGAAGAGUGGAUCACGGAAGCUGAGAAGUGCGAAGAAGAAGGCGCUGUCUUUACCUGUGGUCUGAUCAUCCAAGAGACACUUGGUUGGGGUCUGGACGAGGACGAUGACCGGAAAGAUACUUGGUUAGAAGAUGCUCGCAGCAGCGUCAACAGGGGCAAGUAUGCUACUGCGCGGGCGAUAUAUGCGUAUGCUCUUCGCGUCUUCCCCACCAGCAAGACCCUCUGGUUGGCUGCAGCGGAUCUGGAGCGUAACCAUGGAAGCAAGGACGAGCUAUGGCAAGUCCUUGAAAAGGCUGUCAAUGCUUGCCCAAGAUCAGAAGUGCUCUGGAUGAUGCUUGCCAAGGAGAAGUGGCAAGCAGGCGAGAUCGAUAAUGCUCGUCGUGUGCUUGGUCGCGCCUUCAAGCAGAACCCGAACAAUGAAGAUAUCUGGCUGGCAGCUGUCAAGUUGGAAGCAGAGAAUGGGCAGGUCGACCAAGCACGGAAGCUGUUGGAGACAGCCCGAGGCGAGGCUCCUACGGACCGGGUUUGGAUGAAGUCUGCUGCUUUUGAGAGAACGCUUGGCAACACUGAAGUCGCCCUGGAUCUCGUCAAUCAAGCGCUACAACACUUUCCAGCUUUCGCCAAAUUGUGGAUGAUGAAGGGCCAAAUAUACGACAUUGACUUUGACAAGCCUCUCCAGGCACGUGAAGCGUAUGCUACCGGUGUCAAGGCCUGUCCGAAAUCCGUGCCAUUAUGGCUACUGUACUCGAGACUCGAGGAGAAGCUGGGACAACUUCCCAAAGCCAGAUCCGUACUUGACCGGGCAAGGUUGGCCGUACCAAAGAAUGCGGAACUCUGGUGCGAAUCGGUUCGCAUCGAGCGCCGUGCAGGCAACACCAAACAGGCAGAGACAUUGAUGGAACGCGCGCUACGUGAUGUACCUAAGCCUUCCCAGGGACCUCUUUGGUCAGAGAAGAUCUGGCACUUGACAGCGCGGCCUCAGCGGAAACCUCGUGCUCUGGAAGCAAUCAAGGAAGUGGAUAAUGACCCAACUCUCCUCGUCGCAGUAGCACGCAUUUUCUGGGGUGAGAGAAAGCUGGACAAGGCACAGAACUGGUUUGAAAAGGCACUAGUUCGUGACCCGGAGUUGGGCGAUACCUGGGCAUGGUACUACAAAUUCUUGGUCGAACAUGGCACUGAGGAGAAGCGGGCAGAGGUGGUGUCCAAAUGUAUCAGUGUCGAGCCGAGAUACGGAGAGACAUGGACGAGCAUCGCCAAGAGUCCAAAGAAUACCAGAAAGGACGUGGAGGAAAUAUUGAAAUUGGUUGCCGCUCAGCUGAGCUAA